UAUAUUAUAUAAACUAUAUUUUAAAUAUCAACUUCUUUUAUUUCUUAUAUAAUUUUAUCUCAGUGUAUUCUUUAUGUCAAGAAGGUUUAUUCAUUGUUAGAAUUGACUGACUCUCGUUUCUAUUAUAAAUCAAACCGCUGUGAAAUGAAACCAUACAACUAAAAACGAAAUAGGAAACAAUUGACUACGGCGCACAUUCCAUUUCUAUCACACAACAACGACGUCACAUUCCAUCUGUUUAACUCUGUCGUCGACACUGGUUGACUUUUAUUUAUUAGUAAACAGUACAUAAUUGUUAUUAGCCAUAGUUUCACUUUGUUUUUUUAUUGUUUGUUUAACUUCGCCUCACAUUUUGGCUGAUUUGUUUUAGUAUUGUUUCAUUUUAAUGUUUUUUUGGAAAUGUUUUAUAAACCAACAUCCUUUCAUAUACUUGAAAAUGAAAAUACCGAAAAUCUUAUAACUUGGAAUUAUCCAUCGAUUAGUGAUGAACUAAAAACUGUUUUAAUCAAAACUUGCUUUUCCAACGGAGUAGAACCCUGUGGACUAUUUUAUUUCAAAAGAUUGGGAAGACAGUGGAUACAUAUUAAACAGUUUAUUGUUAACAACGACAAAGCGGCUGCUGUGAUUGUCGUCUCGCAGUGCUUUCAACCAAAGUUAUAUGAAACACUAUGUGAUUUGUUUGCUGCUCAAUACAGCCGCAGUAGAAGUGGCGCAGACCUGGUCAAACUUUAUUUACAGAUCUAUACCAAAAACGGAAUUUAUAAUAACGAUGAUUAUAUUAGUUUAAAUAACUUCACCUCGAAAACUAACUUAAAAGGAAUAAUUAAGUCUUUGGGAUUAGAAACGAUUUUAAUAUACAAUGCCCUAUUGUUAAAAAAACGUAUACUAAUCUACCAUCCCAGCGUAGAGGAUUUGCAACAGGUGUCGACAUAUAGCUUAAUUGGUACAACAAACAAGAAUCUAUUACAUCAUAGAAAUAUAUUUGAUGUAUUUGUCGAUCUAGAAUCACAAUCGAUAACACUUACUGAUAAGGCUAAAGAUGAUUUCCAAAUGAGCACUUUACACAAAGAAAUAGCUCAUUUUCUGGUACAGCUUUCGGAAAGUGAUGUGAGUGAACAGGAUCUGAUAGCUGCUGUGGCUCGAAAAACGUCGGAUCUUUUUAAAUACCUUAAAUCCUUUUGCGAUAAUAAAGAAGAAGGAGUCAAGGUUACCAGCAUAGAAACUAAAUUGUCAAAUAAAAAACUAGGAAAAUUCUUAAUUAAUUUAGCUAUGACUGAAAAUAUUUUGGUAAUAUAAGCUCUUUUUAUUGUU